AUGGCUGUCAAUGGCCCUCACACAUCACUCUCUAGAGGACCAGAUUAUUUUAGCCUGCUGCACUCUCCAAAUCCUGCUGCACUCUCCACAUGUAAUCUGUUCUCUCCUGUUAGUCCUCCCGGUUGUCUGAUCCAGCCACUCCGGCCUGAACACGCGGAGCUCGUCAACGGCAACUGGAAGUACGGCGGCGACGCCGACAGCUACAACUCCGUGCGGAGGUAUAUCACGCACCUUCCUAGCCUGUGUGUUAUUCCCGAGGACGGCUCGGCGGCGGGAACCCCCGUGUCGUGGGUGCUACUGUAUCCGCACUCGGCGCUGGGACUGCUCUACACCUUGCCGGAGUACCGGCGGAGAGGAUACGCGAGGGCGCUGGUGUCGCGCUUCUCGGAGAUGCUGUUCGAGGAGGGGUAUCCCGUGUACUGUUUCGUGGAGGAGGGAAACAGCGCCUCCUGCAGCCUGUUUCAGUCAAUCGGCUUUGGAGACCAGGAGAGUUACCGUUCUGUUUGGUUCGAAUUCAAUGAGAGAAGCAAGUGAAUUGAUGUUGACUCUCAUACAAAAUACUUUUAAAAAAUGUAAACAUUUUUUGAAGGAUUAUCAGGCUCUCUUCUCACCAAUAAAUGAAGCGAAGGAAAUCCUCAAUAAGCAUGGAAGCAACAACUUUUAUCAUCUCAAAAAUUCACAAUGUUAGACAAAUUAUAGACUAAAUGAAAGAAAUACUCAUCCAAGCUUGUAUAGCCUACUCUAUGUUGCAGUAGUCUGUUCCCAUACACAAGAAAAUAUAUUUGAAAUAUAUAUUCACAAUAUAAUUUGAAAUAUAUGUAAAUAUU